UCAACGGGCAACGAUGGCAGUUAGCCACAGUUUCUAGCCAGGCUAAGCAGAUGCAUUAAUCAGUCAUUAGUAUUCGGCCAGUACGCAUCGAGAGUAACGACUUUGAAAACCCGUUUCGGCUAUACACCGACAGUACUCAUUAAAUACAAAGCGAAAACAAACAAUAUAAAAAGAUGUCAGCCGAAUCACCAAAAGGAGCUAUUAACAAUGGCUACGAACUGGAUCACAAAGAAUUGGAAAUUCAUGACUCUGAAGAAUUCAAAGAGCUGCCACCGGUAGACCAUUCCGAGGACUCACAGAAAAAUGGAUAUUUCGAUAACAAUCCGAAAGUGGCGCGUAUUGUAAAGAUCUCUUGCUAUAUACUGCUUCACCUCGUUGUUGUGGGUUACUUCUCAUAUGCGACCUAUCACUAUCACGACAUAUCCAAUUAUGAGUGCUACUGGUCACAAAACCCACUGUGUGGGAUUAACUUCUGCACUGGUUAUGGAAUGCUCUUGCUCCUCCUCGGAUUUAUCUAUUUCGGACUGUUCUACUACUAUAUUUUUAAGCCAACGGUUGGUCGAAACCUACACAGGAACUACCUAAGCCCCUUGUCCAAGAAGUGGCACAACUUCAGCAGAACUAGGGUUGUCUCAUUUGCCAGUAUCGCCAUACUCUUGGCUCUCUUGGCCAUUUUCGUGUACUUCGAGACCCGUAACGAUACACAAAAGCUAGUAUCCCUAGUGGGUCCAUGCUUCUUUAUCCUAUGUGGCUAUGUUUUCUCUACAAAGCGUAGUGCCAUUAAGUGGCGCAUCGUCAUCACAGGGAUUACGUGUCAAUUCCUGCUCGGCAUCUUCUGCAUUCGCUGGGAUGUGGGGCGCAAAAUCUUUGAAUGUUUGGGUAACAAGGUGGCUACUUUCCUGGGCUACGCCACCGAGGGAGCCGAGUUCGUCUUUGGCGAAUUUCUAGUGAAAAACGAUGUGUUUGCCUUCGCCAUCCUGCCGGUGAUCUUUUUCUUCAGUUUCUUCAUCUCUAUUCUGUACUACUUGGGUACGAUGCAAUGGGUGGUGAUCAAGCUGGGAUGGAUCCUUCAACAGCUUUUGGGCACCACUGUCUGCGAGAGCGUGACGGCGGCUGCAAAUAUUUUUCUGGGAAUGUCCGAGAGUCCUCUGCUCAUACGGCCAUACAUCAACAAGUUGACAAAGAGCGAAAUCCAUAGUAUCAUGGUUUCCGGCUUUGCGACCGUGUCUGGAACCGUCCUGGCAGCCUACUUAUCCUUUGGCGCCUCGGCUGCUCACUUGAUCACUUCCUCGGUGAUGGCAGCUCCCGCCACGCUGGCCAUAUCCAAGCUUUACAUGCCCGAGACUGAGGAGAGCCAGACCUCAUCGGAUUCAAUUGAACUGGAAAAAUCACAGGACUCGUCGCUAUUAGAUGCAGCUUCCAGUGGAGCCAGCAACGCCGUGCCUAUUGUCCUUGGUAUUAUCGCCAACAUAGUCGCUUUUGUGGCCUUCGUCGCUUUCCUCAAUGGUCUGGUUAGCUGGUUUGGAUAUUUAGUGGGUCUGGACGACAUCGACUUUGAGUGGAUAUUUUCUAAGCUGUUCAUCCCGCUCGUUUGGGCAAUGGGUGUGCCGACACAGGAUUGCGAUAUCAUUGCUAAGGUGGUGGCCACCAAGACCAUAAUCAACGAGUUUGUGGCCUAUGAGCGUCUCGGUCAAUACAUCGAAAGUGGAGAAAUCACUGCCCGCAGUGCUGGUAUCGCCACAUUCGCCAUUUGUGGAUUUGCCAAUCCCAGUUCCUUGGGUAUCCUCAUCGGAUCCCUCAGUGCCAUGGCGCCUCAUCGACGCUCCACCAUCACAUCCGUGGCUUUCCGAGCCUUUGUGGUGGGCAGCAUAGUCUGCUUUGUUUCCGCCAGUUUUGCAGGAAUCCUUAUUCAAGAAGACGAUGAACGGGCAAACUACAACAAGAUAUUUCAAAAAUUGGGUCGGACAAACGCCACACAGUUUUAGUUCCUUGCAAUUUUAGAUCGUAAUAAUUAGCUGAUGAAAUACAACAAAUUCUUAUUUAUUAAAUAAAUAUUGUUUCUAAGAUUA